CUGUACGUCAAUGCCCGAACUGUCAAGAUCGCUUGGACACCAUCCGCUAGUAUCCACGAUAAACUUGUUUAAUACGCAACUUAUUGGUUUUACAUGAGAUAAAUUCGUGUAACAUCUUGUGUCGCACCACAAACACCAGUGCCGCGCGAUUAGUCAGCGCCAGUCACUGACUAGCGCGGUACAUACCUUCGGAGCUGACGAACUGACGUCGCAUUCGAGUGCAAAUGACUACAUGUCAAAGCCAGUGAGCGGCGUACUUUAACUGUACUUUCUACCGGUGGAGCUGGAUUUUCUCCGAUCAAAUACAAAAUGUUGGCCCUCAUCAAUCGGAUCUUGGACUGGUUUAAAUCCCUCUUUUGGAAAGAGGAAAUGGAACUCACCCUUGUCGGCUUGCAGUACAGUGGGAAAACCACCUUCGUGAAUGUUAUAGCGUCAGGACAAUUCAGCGAAGACAUGAUUCCCACUGUUGGCUUCAACAUGCGCAAAAUAACAAAAGGCAAUGUCACUAUAAAAGUAUGGGAUAUUGGUGGUCAACCAAGGUUUAGAUCUAUGUGGGAAAGAUAUUGCAGAGGAGUAAAUGCAAUAGUAUAUAUGGUAGAUGCAGCUGAUUCUGAGAAAAUAGAAGCAAGCCGCAAUGAAUUACACAAUUUGUUAGAUAAACCUCAAUUGUCUGGUAUACCAGUGUUGGUUCUUGGCAACAAAAGGGAUUUACAUCAUGCUUUGGAUGAAAAUGGACUUAUAGAAAGAAUGAACUUAUCUGCCAUUCAAGACCGUGAGAUCUGUUGCUAUAGCAUUUCAUGCAAAGAGAAAGACAAUAUUGAUAUAACAUUACAGUGGCUUAUAGCACAUUCUAGAAGUGGUGUUCGUUAAUACUUGUAACAAAUUUUAUGUUCUCAUACAUUCUUAUCGAAAAGCCCAAGAUAUUAAUAGAAUGGGGAUCAAACGUGCAAGAGAGUGUUCAGCAAUGAUUUUAUUCUGGGUUCAUUGAUCCAUUAUUGUAGAUCUUUUUUUAAAUCCAAGCUUUAGCUGUUCUCUGUUCAAACCUAUAAAAUUCAUAGAAAGUUUAAUGAAAAGAAAAAAAGAAAAAAAAAACAAAGAAAUUAUGCUUAAACCAAAUAUGCUCAUGCGAAUGAUAACAAGACACAUACAUCCUGCAAGCACCUUAGGAAUAAGUAACAAUUUUUUAUAUUGUGUUUUUAGAUAAUCAGUUUAAGUAACAGUGCUGUUGUUCUAACUUAAAAUCAUCAAAAGAAAAUAGCAUUUAACGGUUAAUGUAGAGAUGAUGAUACGAAUAAAAGCGCAAAAUAAUAUCAAUUAUCGUAUAGUACACAUUUUUGGAACUAUUUAAUUAAGAUUAAUAUAUCACGGCAUAGAGAUUACGAACAAUUGAUUGCUAUAUG